AUGUUAUCCACUCGUGCAGUCGGCCUCAGCUCUCCUUUGCGUCAAGCCAUACUAGGACGCGCGCUGGUCCGCUCGCCGGUCGCACUUGCAAAACGCUCUGUACAAACCGAAUCCCUACCUCCCUCGGCCGCCGUCGAUAUUCUGAAUCAGCAACGUCUUCGUCGACCAAGCAGCCCCCACUUCACCAUCUACCAACCGCAAAUGACAUGGAUUCCGUCAAUCUUCCAUCGUGCAACCGGUGGUGCCCUUAGCGCAUUGCUUUACGCAUUUUCUCUGGCCUACGUUGUUGCCCCGGGCACCUUUGACUCGGCUCAUGUCGUUGAAUUCGUGGCUGGCAUGCCUGAUGCGGUCAAAUAUGCAGGAAAAACUCUCCUUGCCGCUCCUCUUCUCUUCCAUUCGUUCAACGGUGUUCGUCAUCUGGGCUGGGAUAUGCUCAAGUUCAUGAAUGUCAAAGGAAUGUAUCAGACAGGCUAUACCGUCCUUGCAGCUACCGCCAUUGGCACGGUUGGCCUAGUUCUGAUGUAA